ACCAACUCUCUCUCUCUCUCUCUCUCUCUCUCUCUCUCUCAUGGCGAUUCUCACUCUCCGAUCCCUCCUCUCCUCCUCCAAACCCUACCCCGAUCCCCAAACCCUAGCCGCGGCCCCGCCCCGCCAUGCGCGAUCCCCCGCCCUAGCCCCUGUUGCCGAUCCGACGAGGGUCAAAAGUGGAGUUUUAUCAAAUAGGAGAAGCAGUUUUACUGCUCCAAUACAAGCAGUAACGGCAGAAAGAGCAUUUGUUUCGAAUGGUUAUAAGAAGGAUUCGAAACCGAUCAUUGUGAUCGACAACUAUGAUAGCUUCACUUAUAAUUUAUGCCAGUAUAUGGGCGACCUGGGAGCUAGUUUUGAGGUAUAUCGAAAUGAUGAAAUUACCGUUGAAGAAAUCAAAAGGAAACAACCAAGAGGGAUAUUAAUUUCUCCAGGUCCUGGCACCCCUCAGGAUUCAGGAGUCUCUUUACAAACUGUUUUAGAGUUGGGGCCUUCUAUUCCUUUAUUUGGAGUUUGUAUGGGCUUGCAAUGCAUUGGAGAGGCUUUUGGAGGGAAGAUUGUACGCUCUCCUUCUGGUGUUGUACACGGGAAGAGCUCGCUGGUGUAUUACGAUGAAAAACUGGUUGAUACACUAUUUUCCGGUGUGCCAAAUCCAUUUCAGGCUGGAAGAUAUCAUAGCCUUGUGAUUGAGAAGGACAGUUUUCCGAGUGACUCUCUAGAGGUUGUCGCGUGGACGGAAGAUGGGCUAGUUAUGGCUGCCCGACACAAGAAGUACAGGCAUAUCCAGGGAGUGCAGUUUCAUCCGGAAAGCAUCAUAACGCCGGAAGGAAAAACAAUGGUUCAAAACUUCAUCAAGCUUAUCGAAGAUCUCGAAGGCUCCAGCUCCAUUCCAGAAGACUCAAAUCAAAUUUGAUUCAGAGUAGGACUACAACAAGGCAAAUUAUCGACGAUAAGUUCAAAAUCCCUCUCUCCUAUUAGUCAAAUUGAAAAAGGAACCACUUGAUUGAUGCUAGAUUAAUAAAUUUGUGCGAUUUGAUCUUACCGUAAGUAUAUACUAGUUAUUUUGUUCAUAAAAGUAGCCAAAAAACCGAGUUCCGUACAAGACAUGAAAUGAAAUGAAACUACGCGUUUCUUAGCUGAUAUUGGUUUAAUACACACAUCCUUGUAUCAAAUAAUGUUCCUCAAUCUAUUGCUUUUUUUGUACAUUAA